AUGGCCGUGGAUUGCUUCCACCGCGCGCACGCGCUGGCCAUCGUCAACGCCGUCUGCAUCGGCGGCACGGCCAUGAUCCUCUACGCGCUCGUCAACCUGGCGCGGAAGCCCGACCACAGCAGGGGCUCCAUCAUCGUGCUCACGGUCUUCCUCCUCUUCUGGGUCGGCGUCGGUGCCAGCGUGUACACGGCCUUCUGCGGGGUCCUCUUCCCGUGGUCCGCGCUACGCCGGUGCCUGGCCUCUGCUCACGGAGCGCUCCUGCAUCACCUGCGCGGCGCGAGCCGGCUUCUCUGCCUGCCUUGCCGGUCCAGGCUACGGGGCCGGAGCGGCAGCAGCAGCGCCGUUGUCGGCGGCGCCCUGCCGCAGUUUCUGGACCAAAUACAGCGGAGUCACAUGCCCGCGCUUGCCCGGGAGCCGCCAGCGCAUGGCGGCGCGCGGUUGGCGACUGCGUAUGACGUCCUGGCGUACGAGCAGCCAGAGGGCGGCGGCGGCGCGUCGGAGUGUGCGGUCUGCCUCGUGGAGGUGGAGAAGGGGGAUACGGUGAAGCGGCUGCCGGCGUGCCUGCACAUGUUCCACCAGCAGUGCAUCGACCCGUGGCUACACGAGCACUCCACGUGCCCGGUCUGCCGGUGCGUCGUCUUCGCGCCGUUGCCGGACCAAAUGGUAUGA